CUACACACACACACACACACACACACAUACACACACACACACACACACACACACACACUGCUCCACAACUGGCAGAAAAAAAGAAAAACCUCAGACAUGGAUGACCCACUCACAAAAUGGCUCCACUUACACAGUAACAUCAACAACACGGCUGGAGCGGACGUAGUGGACUCGAGCGAGUGGUGACGGAAUAAAAAUGAUGGAAAAACGGCAACCGGAGCUUCGUCCUGGAAGUCCUGAUGCGGAGUCUGGUCCUGGAAAGCGGGAGGACUCCUCCAUCAUCUCCAGACUGAACGGAUGCAAGGGGGAAGAGGAGCCGAGGCGAGAGGAGGGGGAGAAGGAGAGGGGAGGGAGCUUCAAGGGGGUUGAGGAGACGGAUGACGUUCCUCUGCAGAACUCGAGCAACGGGACCAGCAUCAGCAUCAUCAUCAACGGCGUUGCCAAGGAAACUGCCUCUCACAACGCCCUUGACCUGAAAAGGGAAGUGCCGGUGAUCGAGCUCUCCAGGAGGGACGCUAUAAAAGCGGUGGAGCAGAGGACUGAGAGCCAUUUGGUGCCGAUCACGGAACUUCGCAGACCUCCACCGCUGCCGCUGCCGCCGCCGCAACGAGACGACGCUCGAAUGGUCCAACUGAGCCCAAACGCGUUUCCUGUCCCGGCCCGGGCGAUGCUCUACAACCUGGCGCAGCCUCUCGCCGCCAUCAACAGUCUCGGAGGGGAGUCGGAGCAGUACAGCAUGUACCCCAGCAACAGGGUAAAGCGCCGCCCGGCGCCUUAUGAGGUUGAACUCGACGAGGGUAGGCGCAUUUUAGAUCUUUAUAAGUAUGCUGGCCAGCCAAAGAUUGUACGUCGUAUCUUCACUAACAGCCGUGAACGUUGGCGGCAGCAGAACGUGAACGGGGCGUUUGCGGAGCUACGCAAACUCAUCCCGACUCACCCCCCAGACAAGAAGCUGAGCAAGAAUGAGAUCUUGCGGCUUGCUAUGAAGUACAUCAGCUUCCUCUCCAACCUCCUGGAGGACCAGGAUGGAGGGAGGAAUGUUGGCAGCACAACCGAUGGGGAAACAGGGCUUCUGGUUGGGGUCGGGGCCCACGAAGGGGGCCCUCAGGGUGGACCACAUCAGGACACAGUGGUGGGCUUGGCCAGGGACGAUCUUCUGGAGACAAUGUCACCGGGCUCUAGUUGUGGAAGCCUGCCUGAUGAUGAUGCCGAGGGCAGUCCUGAAAGCUUUAUGGAGGACCAGGACUCGCCUCCGGCUCCAAGGACUCUAACGGCUUCACGCGGACCCCCACUGCAUCUAGCUGGUAGAGAUCUGAGGCGCAAUGGCCGCCCUUCAGAUGGCUCCAGUCGCCGAUGAUGCCGAUGCCAAUAGACCACGGACACAUAACCUGAGACUGAGAGAGAACAAUGAGAGGGACUAAGAAAGAGAUGGAUAUGCUCAGGACCCUUUACCCUUGAGUCAGUGUAGGAAAGAGAAUCAAGCGCCAAGUAGUGAGAUAGUGGAGUACGAUGCUGUCUCCACACUACAUCUGAGGCAGCACUGAUAAAAAGCUUUGUUUGACUGGUGAUCGAAUUUGAUCCAACAAAAGACUUGUAAAUUCUGCAUGUCUCAUGUCUUUGACUGACCUGCGGAUUCUAACUUUAUGUGUUUUGAAAGUCCAAAGACUGGAUGCUCUUAAAUCAUUUUUAAAAACACACAAAAAAAGAAAAACCAAACAAAAGAUCAAUCAAGACACUAAGCAAAGAUGUGUUACAUUGAAAUUUGAACCAAUACUUCACUUAUAAUACUAUUGAUUUCAGUAUGGUGCAGCUGCAAGUACACGGCUCUAAAACAUAAAUUAUUAAACCCUGGAAAUUUAUGCCCAACAAAUCUAAUGUGUUAAAACAAUGACACAAAAGUUUGCCUCAUUUGGAGGCCGUAAGUGAACCGACUGCACUCUAAUGUACCCAUGCAGUUACGUAUGUAUUGUAAAUAGCAUUAUAUUUCCACUGCACAAUGUAACAACAGUGACUCAAGUUCAAGUCAUGUGGUUUAAGAUGUACUGUAGCGUGUUUGUCAAUGGGUUUACUAGCAAAAUGGUCUUUUGGGAGACAUGAAAAAAGGAGAGAAGAGACGAGAUGAACUCGAAAUGUAAAGCACGCAA